AUGACUACAAUGAUAUUCUGUGCGUGGGCAAUAAUUCUAGCAUUGGUUCCCAUGGUAACAUCGUCGAAUUUGGGUGCUAACUUGGUAAAUGAGUUACUGGAAAACUACCCGUCGUUCCUCCGCCCUGUCAAGAAUGAUUCAGUGGUAACCAUAGUGAAACACCGGAUGACACCAAUACAGAUUAUCGAUGUGGAGGAGCAAAACCAAGUUAUUAUUUUAAAAGCAUGGCUUGGUCAGGUAUGGCAUGACGAAUACUUAGUUUGGAAUGAAUCUGAAUACGGCGGGGUGGAUGAAAUACAACUACCAAUAACACGUAUAUGGCAACCCGAUAUAACGCUACACGGCAGUGUACAUGAAGAAUUCAUCAGACACUACGACACUGACGCUCGCGUGACGUCAGAUGGUCAAGUGACAGCAUUACAGCCAUUUGUAUUUAGAAGUAGUUGUUCCAUUGAUGCUACUUACUUUCCAUUUGACCAUCAGAGAUGUUAUUUUAAAUUCGGUUCCUGGGUCUAUCCGAUUCAUUUAAUUGACCUAAUCAAAGAUGGACGAAGUAACUUAGAUACAUUCAUCGAUAAUGGUGAAUGGAAUGUAAUUGAAAUGCCAGUGCAAAGAAACGUUAUCAAGUUCCCCUGCUGUCCCGAAAAGUUCCCUGACGUCACAUACAUAAUCCACCUAAAGCGGCGCUCUUUAUUUUAUGUAUUCAACAUUAUAUUCCCGGCAUUCCUUGUGUCUGUACUGGUAGUCAUCGGGUUCUACUUGCCGUCGGAUUCGGGAGAACGAAUAACACUGUGUGUUUCUAGUAUGUUGUCACUCAUGGUGUUCCUAUCCACUGUCUCAGAGUAUAUGCCACCAAACUCAGAAAAUACGCCGCACAUUCAACGUUACUUGUUUAUCACCAUUGGGUUGGUGGCGAUGUCAUGCGCCACAACUGCUAUGACCUUGAAUAUUCAUUUCCACGGACCAAAUUGUGAUCGACCAUCACGCUGGCUCCGAAUUCUUGUGUUUGAUUUUCUUGCAUGUGUACUGUGCACACGCGUACGAUUUAGAAAAGACGGUGACACAGUAUCGAGUGGCGUACGUGGUGGAUGUUGUCAACACAGAACAAGGAGUGGAGGCCAUCGGGCUGAUAUCCCCAAAUCAGAUAGUCUGAGAAUUUACAACAACUUUGUUCAAAAUGAGUCCUUGAAUAUCAUUCACAGAAACUCAAACAAGGUGAACAAAGAUCAAAUUUUGAAAGAUGCGUAUUUUUAUGAAAAUUCAUCAAUAUGUGAGAACACUAAAGCCACGGAGAUCGAGUUGCUGAGUAGCGAUCGGUUACAAGAAUGGAAAGAGAUAGCACGAAUUUUAGAUCGUUUAUUUUUAUUGGUGUAUGCGAUUGCCGUGUUAUCACUGACAUCUGGUGUGCUAGCGUUUCUAAUUGCGAACGAUGGUCGAGAAUUCAACGAGCAAAGCGGCUUUUGA